AUGAAAAAAGAGUUCAUAAAAUCCGGCGACGGUUGGAUUAUUGACGAUGUUGAAAAGUUCAAAGCGUUAGAGAACAUUAUAAACGAAAAUGGUGAGGUAAUAACCACUGGAACGGGAUUUGCUCCACACGUUGUGAGUAUUGGCCAAUGUGGAUACAUGGCAGUUAACAAGUUUUGUGUAGUUAGCUCCCAUAUUUUGGAUGAAAGAAUCCACAAAUAUCACAAGAUCGAAGUCGUUGGUGCAGUUAUUGGAACUAUUACACGUCCACUCAUCUAUGAUUUGCUUGAGGAGAUGGAAUUGAGAAACACUUACAAAAUAACGAUCUAUAACGCGAUGGACUUCAACGAACAAAUUGCUCCAUUCUCUAUUCUAGCCGCAAUCUGGAAGAGUUUAUCGAUAUUUGAAAAACCCGCGGCAACACACAUGGAAGAGGACAGUAUUUGGGGAAAGCUAGCAUUUUUCAAUUAUCUGCUCAACUCCAAAGCGAAGGUCGAAGGAAAAGUUCCUGUGGCCAUAGCGGUCAUAUUUGGAAGUAUUGGAAAUGUUCAUUUGCCUUCACUUGAUGGAGUGGAUAAACAGAUCAGAAAAGUUAAAAGUGGUCCUUUCUCGGAUAAUUAUGACUUAUUAUUCGUCCGCACGAAUUGCCACACAUCCGACUACGAGCCAAAGCAGUUGCGAUCAAGAUUGAAUGAAAGAGUGAAAAUUCUUGUGGAAUGUAUGAAUUCGGAGAGUGAUAAACGUCUCGCCGAUACCGAAAAAGUACCUGCAUUCAUGACUUUUGUAUCUGAAAGAGAGUACGGCUCUGUAACCUUCAACGAACUCCAGUCUAAAAAUUUUGAGCAGGAGUGCUAUGCUGCCCUGGAAAAUGUUCGGAACAAGAGGGAGAACUUUAGAGUCUUCAAAGGCUUUGAAAUUCAGCAAGGAGGAAUACUGUUGGCUCUGAAGAAACAUGCAUUUGAGAAGAACGAAAACUUGUUGAAGGAAAUUUCAAACUCCAUUGUUGAGCACUCAAGAAGAAUCAAAAACGUCACCCAAAUAUCAUUCAAUCUUCUUCAACCUGCACGUGGUGCUUUUCUAAGGGAGUAUGAUCCAACAGCUCCUAAGUUCCGUAUGCCCACCAAUCUUAAACGAGGAAACAAUGGAUUGAGAUCAAAUGUUGAGUCGAACGACGCCAAGAGAAUGAGGAUGGAAGCUUCUGCUACUGAGAGAAGACUGAGAACGGAAAUAUGGAGAAGACAGCGAAUUGAAAGAGCAAGAAACCAGAAUCUGAGAAACGAUGAUGAAUUGUCCAAUGACGACACAUACAGUGAAAUCUCAACUGACGACGAAAGGGACAGAAGUUUUGAUGAGAUUUGA